GCACCAGAUUGGUGCAUCAAAAUACGUUGAAGGAUAAUUUGAAUAGCACAUGCUGACCAUUAAUUAAUUGAAUUCAUAACAGGAUACUUAACAAUGACAAACAAAACCUAUUAGCAUCACAGGGGGGUCUCUUAAAAGCUAAUACAAUGUGGACAGUAUACAAUGCACUAGGCUUUUCAACCAUUACUGUCAGCAAUUUAACUCAGUGCAAUAGCCUGCAAGGAGAAAUAAUAUAAUUUUUUUUGAUAACCCCAGAAGAGCACGAGAACCAGAACGAAAUGUCACCAUUCAAAGUGCCAGAAAAUUGGAAAUGUAGGUAUCCGAUUCAACAUGAAGAAAAACUACUACUAUCCACCAAUCGAAAUCAUGGACUCGGCCUGUAAUCACUUAGGCUAAUAUAAACACGCAUUCCACGCCCAAGUUUGCGGGUUCAAAACCGCAGACAAGGAAGCUAUUGUGCAUUUGCCGAGGCUUGUUUACAUAUAAAUCCCAUGGAAAGAAAUGUCUACUGUGUUCUCUAAAAAGAAAAGUAGCAUAAAUUCUGAUUAUCUAUUGACUUCGUUUUAGGAGGGGAUCUGUAGAUUACUAGUGAACAGUAAUUGAAGUCACAAAUUCAUAGAUCAGGAGUGGAAUAUUAACUGACGGAUUGAGCAUAUGUUAGAGAGCUGGAUUUUGCAUUGCUGCGCUCACACCGACAAGAGGGACGGACUUGGACGCCGGUCAGAGGGUCCAUAGACCGAUACGACACUAGAGUGACAAAAGCAAUCCAGAAAAAAAAGAAGAAAUGGGAAAACGAAAGGAGCACGAGUUGGACAUCCAUGAAAAUGGAAAGAGUAAAUCACCGAAACUCUGCGGGACCAACUACCCAGUCAGCAUUUCCUUCAUUGUAGUGAAUGAGUUCUGUGAACGCUUCUCCUACUAUGGCAUGAAAGCGGUGCUGACACUGUACUUCAUCAACUACCUACACUGGGACCAGAAUCUGUCCACAGCAGUGUACCAUGCCUUUUCCAGCCUUUGCUAUUUCACCCCUGUCCUGGGCGCUCUCAUUGCUGACUCCUGGCUGGGCAAGUUUAGGACCAUCAUUUACCUCUCGGUUGUCUAUGUUCUUGGUCACAUCAUCAAGUCCGUUGGUGCCAUUCCUAGUGUUGGGAACUCCACUGUACACAUAGCGCUGUCUAUGCUGGGUCUGGUCCUCAUAGCCUUCGGUACUGGAGGUAUCAAGCCCUGUGUAGCCGCAUUCGGAGGGGACCAGUUUGAUGAAGAACAUACAAUUGAAAGGAGAAAAUUCUUCUCCAUUUUCUACAUGUCCAUUAAUGCCGGGAGUGUCUUAUCUACGGUCAUCACACCAAUAUUGCGAGGAGAUGUCAAGUGUUUUGGAGGUGACUGCUAUGCUCUAGCCUUUGGCGUUCCGGCCAUUUUAAUGGUUAUAGCUCUAGUUGUUUUCAUCUCUGGAAGUGGAAUGUACAAGAAGAGUCCGCCUGAGGGGAAUGUCUUGUCGGAUGUUUGUAAGUGCAUUGGGUUGGCCAUCAAGAACCGCUGGAGGAGUUCUGAGUUUGACUCUAAGAAGAAACACUGGCUAGACUGGGCAGAGGAGAAGUAUCCGAGACGUCUGAUCCAUGAGAUUAAGAUGGUCCUGAGGGUUCUGGUGCUUUACAUCCCUCUGCCCAUGUUCUGGGCACUUUUUGACCAGCAGGGAUCCCGCUGGACUCUACAGGCCACCCGAAUGAAUAUGGCCUUUGGAUCAACAUUCGUUUUGAAACCGGAUCAAAUGCAGAUGUUAAAUGCUCUUCUGAUCCUCUUGUUUGUGCCCAUCUUUGACGUGGUUGUGUACCCACUCAUAGGCCUGUGCCGGAUCAAUCUCACACCACUGAAGAAGAUGGCUGUCGGUAUGAUCUUGGCAGCGCUGGCUUUUGGUGCAGCCACCUUGGUGGAGGUCAAUGUAAUGAAAACGGUGGUUGAGCCAGCGCCUCGUGGACAAUGUCUCCUGCAGGUCUAUAAUCUAGCUGAAAGUGACAUCCAAUUGGACAUCAGUGGGAGUAACCUCUUCUCACAGCCAAUCAAAUCCUAUGAAGACCCGCCAUCAUACCAGCAUCUUCAGCUAGGGGGAUCCAGCAAAAAUGUCAGUAUGCGGAUCAUCCAAAACAAAAACACCUCAGAGUGUGUCCAGAGCUUCAGAGAGCAGAAAGCCUACUCACUCAUCCUGCACAGCAGUGGAUCUGGGGUAGUGUGCCAGCUAGCAUCAGACAACAUAAUUAAAAGUAAAAAAAUGGAAGCCCACCUGAGGUUCAUCAACACACUGAGUGAGGCCAUGAACAUAACAGUGGGAGAUGUGGACUUUUAUGUUGCUGGUGACUAUGGAAUAUCGCCUAACAAGAGUGUGAUAAGAAACAAGUACACAAAAGUCCGGUGUUCAUCCGGCUCGCAAGUCUCCUUCAUCAACCUGGGUCUGCUUGACUUUGGGGCCUCGUACACUAUCAUUCUCACAAAUGGCUCUGUAGGGAUUGUUCCCAAAAAGAUGGUGGAUGUGGUGGCCAAUAACAUUCACAUCACCUGGCAGAUCCCUCAGUAUAUCCUGAUCACAGCAGGUGAAGUCAUGUUCUCCAUCACAGGCCUUGAGUUCUCCUACUCACAGGCUCCGGCUAAUAUGAAGUCAGUGCUGCAGGCAGGCUGGCUACUGACUGUAGCCUUUGGUAAUGUCAUUGUGCUAAUCGUCGCAGAGGGGGCCGGUUUGAAUCAGUGGAUGGAGUUUCUGCUUUUUGCUGGUCUGCUUGUGGCGGUCUGCAUCAUUUUCUCCAUCAUGGCUUAUUUCUACAAGUACGUAGAUCCCGAAGAGCUAGACAAGCUGUUCCAAGACAAAACAGUCGAUGGCGAGGAUGAUGACAGCCUGAAGAAGGACAAGAAAGAACACAUGGAACAGGCGGGUGACUCUACGUACUUGAAGUCAGGAAUAAAGAACACAGCGAUGUAGCAUGCUGACUGAAUUCAGAAUCAUUGACGCUUUUUCUCCCUUCAAUAGACUUGCAUGCCCCUUUCGUGGAACUUUUUGAAACAUUUGUAAAUCAAAGGAAAGCAGUCCAAAUCGUUCAUAUGAAAGUUGAUAUUGUGAUUAAAUCAGAUGGCUCUCUCUUCUGCAUUGAGAGUUACUCCCGUCUCCCAUGUCAAACACUUAGAUUCAGGAGGUGGGACGAUUUCCAGUUUUAGACAUUACAUAAAGUCUAAUUCAAUUACAUCAUGAAUGUAUGCUUUCCUCCUAAUUAGACGGUCUUUGAAAUUUACUGCUUCUUACCCUUUAGAUCAAAAAUAGUUUUUCUAUUAUGUUUAGCAUUUUUUUAAACCAAGAUGUUUGUAAUUACAGUUCCUAAAAAAAUUAUUCUACAUCUAAAUCUAGAUGCCUUCUACGGACCUUUUAAGAUCUGGUGAAUGGAGAUUGAGUGUAUUUUUAUUUCAUUCAUUUGGUUUUCCAGACCCUGUCUGUGGUGACUUAUGAACUAACCAGGGUUUGCACUUUAACGCAGGCACCUCACAAUGUGUGAGAGUGAAACCAGACCAUUGAUUACAAAACACAGAACUGAAACCAGUCUAUUGAUUACAACACAGAACAUUGUUCAAAAACUGUGAAGCAAAAUAUAUACUUUUGUGGAUUUAUGUAGUGACAGAAUUGUACUGUACAUAAUUAAAUUACUUGGUUUCCCAUUUGAUUAUUAUUAUUUUUUUUUUUUCAAAAGUCAAAAACAUUUUAAGUUAAUGACAAACUACCAGCAUAAGAAUCCAUUUCAAAACAGAUGAACAGAGCAUUGUGAAAAGCACAUCCCUUUUUUUAUUGACCACUGAGACAAAUCCAGAUGUAGACUGAAGUUCAGUUAUACUUGACUAAGCCACAAUAAAACAGUGCCAUAAGCCUCCUCUUUCGAAUCAUGUACUCGCUUCACUGUUCUAAAUUAAAAGGUGUACAUUU